UCAUCUCAAAAAACGGUAAGCCAAACAGCCUCUUCAUUUUCUUCGAGCCGAUGGAGCAGAGCUGCAAGCUUGGGGAAGGAAGGGGUUCUUCUAAUCUUGUCUGUCUCCUCCUUCAGUUAUAUUUUCCUUUCUCUGUGCGCUCUGAUCUGAUCCUUAGGCCUGUGACUGGUGUUUUCUGUUGUGUUUGAUUGCGACGAAGAUAAAUCUCGCUUCUGUUUCCGUGGCUUUGAAUUUGGGCUCUGAGUGGUAGUCCAUGCUUAAAUUUGCAGUUCUAUUUCCAUGUUUUUGUUUGAUUUUGUUUUAGCCGUUUCUAUGUUUCACGAUUUAUCUGCACAUCAUGGUAGCUGGACAGACUGCACAAUAGAAAAGGGAAAAAAUAAUUAAGAAAGGAAUUAGGGUUCGCAUCUUCGCUUGGACCAUUACCCCGAAUGUCAGCUUCUGGGUAAAAGCAUGGGCAUCUCCUGUUUUGGAGCCAUCCGUCCUGAGGAAUUAGUCCACAGGUGUAUUAUAGUUUAGAGUACGAAUGAAUAAAACUGAGAAUAAUGGUGUACCAAUACGGAAUGAAUGGUAGUUUUGAUUUUUGCAGUUUUCAAAGAAGUGAAAAGACGAGAAGUUCUGGUUUAAUAAGUUUUUUUUCUUAUAUUAAUGUUAGAAUUAUAGGAGAUAGAAAAUGAUGAAAUUAACUCUCAAGACUUAGAGGCGCAUAAACACUUCUUAAAGGUAGUUGAAGUCUCUCAAUCAGCAAAUGUAGAAAACAACGGCAAUUUCUAAUUUUGGGAUUUAACUAAGUCCACACUUUGGGUGCAAAAGGUGAAAUCCCUUACCUUAAGGCCCCCACACAUUGUCCUAUGCACGUAAGAGGGGUUAAUCACGGUACACGACGGCUCUCAAGGUAGAAGGCACAGUGUAUAAUGCCCACAAGGAGCCACUCCCACAAGAGGAUAAAAUUCUCACACUGCGACUGUCAUGAUUCGAACCUAUAUCCUCGGGUGCAAUUUUCUACCUUGUGAAUCAUCCGUGCUACGCCCAUAAGGACUUAACUAAGUCCACACUGACUCUACAUUGAGUUGCUUUUCUCUACUUGAAAUAGCGUAAUUACCCCUAUUGAUGUCUCAAAAACACACAAGGAUUACUUUUUUAGUAAUGUUAUUUAAAUAAAAUGUAUUAGAAUAGUAUGGGGUGCUAAUUAUUUAUUGAGUUGGUGUUUGUUAAUCAAGAUAUUUGGCUGGGGGAGGGAAGGGUCAGAUAUGGAAAGUAUUUCGAAUAUUUGUACUUUUCAACGUGUUUGUUAAAGUUAUCGAACAUUCUCUAAAAAAGUCUUCAUGUGACCUCUUAUUUCACUUUUUUUAGAUAAAUUUAUUUGACUUCCCUCCUCAUAUAAAUUUAUUUGACAUUUUACAGAAAAGUCCAAAUUAUUCAUAUGCCCUCGUAUAAAAAUCGCACCCAUUUCUUUUCACUUCUUCAUCUUCUUCCUCACCCAUUUCUUUUCUUCACAUGUUCAUCUUCUUCCUGCCACCGGAAAACCCCCGUUCACCAAUUUCUUCAUCUUCUUCCUCACCCAUUUCUUCUUCCCCAUCUUCUUCAUCUUCUCACCGAGCUUCCCCCUUCGCUUCACUGUUGGUCUCCUUCGCCAAAAUCCUCAUUGCCACCGCCAAUUACUGCCCACCUCCACCACUGCCCCCAGCCCCAUCCCCGCUACUCUCCACUGCCACUGUUUCUGAUUUCCAAAUAUGUUUUUAAUCUGAUUUUUGAUUUCUUCUUCUGAUUUGUUCUUAAAAUCAGUUUUGAUUUCUAAUUUACAUAUCAGUUCUUAAUCUGAUUUGCAAUUUUGUCUUCUGAUAUGUUCUUAAUCGCGGUUCUGAUUUCUGAUUCCAGAUCUCCUCUUCCUCCUCCUCCAAUUUCCAGAUCCUAUUCUUAUUUGAUUCCUGAUUUUCUUCAAAUUUCUUCUUCGGAUCUGUCCUUAAUCUUCUGCCACCACCAUCAGUGUUCCACAUUCUUUUUCAAAAUUCCAGAUUGUCCACCUUCAAUUGUUUACCCACUUCCCUGUUUUUGUUUUUUUGGAUAUAUUUUUUAUAAUAAUUAUAAUAUUUUCAUUGAAAAUAAAUUUAAAUAUUUGGUAAUAGGGAUAUUUUGGUAAAAAAACCCUUAUAUCGGUGCUUAUUAUAUGUAUUUAACAAACAUAUGGAAAAAAAAAGUACAAUUCUAAAUGGAUUUCAAAAAAAUUAACAAAUAGUUUGAUAAAAAUUUUGGAAUGCUUUCCAAUCUUAUCUUGGCCAUUCCAUAUUUUGAUUCGAAAAUCAUUCCAGUCUUAUCUUGAUACUCUCUUAUCUUGCUCAUUUUAAUAAACGCUACCUGAAACAGGAUACCAUGCGAGUAGGGUUGCUUGUGCAGCAGGCAUGAGGCAUAAAUGCUCGUGGCCCUGACAUUUAUCAUGUUAACAUAUAAGUGCUUGUGCUGCAAGCAUUUAUCUUCCCGUACUUCAAAUUUUUUUUGAUGUGGGACAUUAAUAUAGGGGCAAUAUAGUGGCGAUCUAUAAAUGCUUGUGUCAUGAGUGUCUAUAGCUCAGAUCUAUAAACACUCAGGACAUGAGUGUAUUUAGAGCACCAAUACAUUUAUUUGUUCUAAACGUGUGCAUGGCAUGCAAGUUUUUAUAGCUAAAAAGAAUAUUUUUUUUUAAACAAACCUAUUUUCUAACCUGUAGAGAGUACAUAGCAAUGGCAUAUAAAAAGUAAAACAAAACAACACAACACAACAAAUUCAAACAAAUAUUAUAUAAAAGGUUUGAGCUAUAAUAUACACGAAAACUUGAAAUAUUUACUAUGUCAUUGAAUAGAAAGCUAAUAAUACUUCCAACUAGCGUGACAUGAGUCCUUCUUUUCCUAGAAGAUUCAUGCAUUAUUAUUAUCUCGUGAAAAUUACUUCCAAGUUUUCCAUUGCUCUGGCUUCUGGUGCUGCUUGGAAGGUGUCUUCUCUCUUUCUUUGCAGGUGAGGAUUCAAAUUCAGAGAUCAAGUUCCAAAAUUGGUAGAAACAGCUUCAGGGAGAAUCGAUAUCCAGCAUUCAAUCUCAUGUCUUCCAGAUAAAAUGAUUGAUGGUUCAGGGACUCCACAAAGUUUGCUGAUAUACAUGCUUUGUCAAUUUGUAGGUUGGAAGUGUUGAGAUGGGAUAAUCAGGAUGUUGUUUAUCUCAUUUUACAUCCAUCAAUUGUCAAUAGGAAACUUCAGCUCCAUAAAGCCCCACCAAGAAUUUAUGUAGAAUCUUCCUUUCUUCCUCCUGCCCCUGUGGACAUAAAUCUCAAGCUUCUCAUCAAGGUGUUUCCUUCAGUCCCAGCUACUGACAUACAUGGUAAUCAAAUGGAAAUGACAAUUCAGAGAGACAGAGAGAGAGAGAGAGAGAUGAAAAACGCACAAGCAGUAACCAGGAAACUUGCAGUCCUGGUGAGCUUCAGGAAAGGGCACCCGAUCCAUCAGCCCAGCCGGGUUCGAAAAUUUCCUGCAAAACAAUGUUUCAGUGCCAAACAUUUGCUGGAUUAAAGUUCAUCUCAUCCACUGUCAUCCUGUUCAUAAUAUUCAAUAAUGCAGAGGCAUAUGAUUCACUGGAUCCAUUUGGAAACAUAACCGUCCGAUGGGAUAUCAUGUCUUGGACUACAGAUGGCUAUAUGGCCACAGUGACACUGAACAAUUUUCAGUUGUUUCGGCACAUAAUCAGCCCCGGAUGGACCUUGGGAUGGUCGUGGCGGAAGAAGGAAAUCAUUUGGACCAUGGUCGGAGCACAAGCAACAGAACAAGGAGACUGCUCGAAAUUCAAAGGAAACGUACCUCACAGUUGCUCCAGACAUCCCACGGUCGUUGACUUGCUUCCUGGAGCCCCUUACAACCAGCAGUACUCAAACUGCUGCAAAGGCGGCGUGUUGUCGUCGUGGGGCCAAGAUCCAGCAGCUGCAGUCGCAGCCUUCCAGAUCGGUGUUGGACUGUCCGGAACCUCCAAUAAAACAGUGAAACUGCCCAAGAAUUUCACUCUGCUUGGUCCUGGACCAGGCUACACUUGUGGCCCUGCAAAGGUUGUUCCCCCCUCGGGAUUUCUCAGCUCUGAUCACAGGCGAAAAACCCGAGCACUGAUGACUUGGAAUGUGACAUGCACUUACUCACAGUUCCUGGCUUCCAAGUACCCUGCGUGCUGUGUUUCCUUCUCAUCUUUCUACAAUAACACCAUCAUUCCUUGUCCGUCGUGUUCUUGUGGCUGCCAGAACAUAGAAAACUGCAUCAAGGUUGAAUCGGAUGAUGUGAAGAGGCCAGAACUCAAUGCCACGAUGAGGAAGGAUACUACGCCGCUACUGCAGUGCACGCAUCACAUGUGUCCGAUAAGAGUGCACUGGCAUGUGAAGCUCAACUACAAGGAAUAUUGGCGGGCAAAGAUAGCAAUCACUAAUUUCAAUUACAGAAUGAACUAUACGGAGUGGACUCUCGUGGUGCAGCAUCCGAAUCUCGACAACGUGACUCAAGUUUUUAGCUUUGAAUACAAGCCUCUUCUGCCUUAUCAAUCCAUCAAUGAUACCGGCAUGUUCUAUGGCAUGAAAUUCUACAAUGAUGUGCUAAUGGAAGCUGGGCUACUAGGGAAUGUUCAGUCUGAGCUGCUUCUUCAGAAGAACAAGGAAACGUUUACCCUCAGGCAAGGAUGGGGAUUUCCUCGGAAGGUUUACUUCAAUGGCGAGGAAUGCCAGCUUCCACCUCCUGAUGCGUACCCCUUUUUACCAAACUCUGUCAGCAGAAAUCCUGCCACGAUACUUCUAGGGCCUGCAAUGUCCAUGCUGUUGUUGAUAAUGAUCUUGUCCAUCUGCUGAUCAUAUUCCUGUCACCACAGGCUCGGGUUUUUGUGAAUUCCCAGGUAGAAGGUUUAAAGGAAUCGCCAUAUUCUUAAGAACUAUGAAGUGAUUCCCAGAUGGUAGUUUACAGAGAAAACAAAAGUUGGGGGAAGAGGAUUGUGAGGCUUGUGGAUUGUGAAGAGUGAAUCUUUUCCUUCACUACUUGAGUGCUUAUCUUGUCUGCAACGUUAUGCUCAAAUUCAACUUGAACUUGAGAAGGCAAAAUGAGACGGAGAUGAAGGAUAAGAACAAACUUAAACCCGAUGGCGUACAUGUCAAGAUAUUUCAGAAAGAAACAAUCAAAAGUGUCUAAAUAGUCAAAUCUUUGUAGUAGGAGGCUUGCACAAAGAUGCCUCUUAGUCACCCCCAAGCAACUCACAAGACAUUUAGAGGCAACAAAAAACAACAAUAUUGUAACAAGUUGAUAAAUUGAAGGGAUAUUCAUCUCGGAGACUGAACUGAAAGGUAACAUGAGUUAUAGGGAAUGAGAGAUCAUCACUAAUAAGCUCAACCGUAAAGAAAAAAAUUACUAAAAAAUGAGACUUCUUUAGACGGUGGACUCUACAUCUGUUCCCAGUUGAGUUAUAUUAUUUGGGUAGCCAAAAUUGUAAGUUGGACACCUGGGGACCAUUUUCAUCAUUGCAAGCUUAGUCUCUUUAAAUGAGGUGAGGUGGAGACACGAUGA